AUGGCAAGAAGGACUAUUGUUAAACGGCUACUGAAAACAGAAGAGAGGACGGAUUCUUCAAGGACGAGGUACAAAACGUCUAAUCGAUGUUGCAAACCGGAUGCUUGCCCUACAGCCGGUCAGCUUAUGUCAACUAAAAGACUUGGCUUUGAAUUUUUUAACAGAAGUUGCCUUGAUGUGGCAUCCUCAAUGCUGGGCAAAUUGAUGGUCAGGAGGCUCAGUGAUGAGACAGGUGCAGAGAAAGAACUUGUGGUUCGAGUGGUAGAGACUGAAGCAUAUUUGGGAGUAAUCGAUCGAGCAUCCCAUUCUUAUAACGGAAGAAAGACGGCACGUAACACAGCCAUGUUUAUGAAUCCUGGCACGGCUUAUGUGUACAAUAUCUACGGCAUGUACCAGUGCAUCAACAUCUCUACCCUGGAGGAAGGGUCGGCAGUUUUGAUACGAGCGGCUGAGCCAAUUGCCGGUUUAGACGAGAUGAUAAGGGCUCGCAGCACGAACCGCGCUCGUUCAAGUGCUCUGAAAACCAAAGACCUCUGCAGCGGUCCAAGCAAACUCUGCCAAGCACUGAGCAUCACUAAGCAGGCGUUCGACCAACAUGACCUGACUACGUCAUUGAAGCUCUACUUGGCUGAAGACGGCUUUUCGACGACUACCGACGACAUCGUUGCAUGUCCAAGGAUCGGCAUCGAGUACGCCAGUGAAUGGGCAAAGAAACCGUGGCGGUUCUACCUUAGAGAAAACCCAUUUGUGAGCGUCAAACUUGUUCCACGUGUGCAUACUGCGAAAUGA